AUGUUUCAGAACAUCGAUCCGAUGCUGUUGGUUUUUCUGCUCAUGCACCUUCACCUUCUCGUCCUUCGAUGCGUACUCGUCCCGUGUGUACUUAUUGCGGAAGGACUGGGCAUGAAGAACGUACAUGCUAUCAACUUCAUUGGUUUCCUGGUGAUUCUGGUCGGGGUCGCGGUAGAGGACGAGGCAGUGGACAAGGACACAAUACUGGCAGGGGGAGAGGAGUUGGUUUUGGGCGCGCCAAUGUCGCUCAAGCCAAUUUUGGAUCAGCCUCAUCUCAGCCACAUACCAUCACGAGUGCAGAUCGUCAAGGCUUAG